ACUCAUUUAAAAAAUUGAAGUAUAGUUGAUUUACAAUGUUGUGUUAGUUUCAUGUAAACUCAUUUUUUAAAUAUAAGUAUACUCGAUUCUUAUAUUCAGAACCAACUUGUUAUUGAAGCCCUGAUAGUUACCUAAUAAUGUGUUAUCUGCAGCAAUGUUUAGGAAAGUCAAGGGGGGAAAGGAAACUUAUCUGGGGUAUUGAUCUCAGGAAUCAUCUCCACAGUCAAUUCAGCUCAGCACUCUCACACCACUUCUAGAUAUUUGGUGCAAAUUACUUGCAUGUUCAUGUUCCCUUUCAAGAUAUCCCUUCUCAUUUCAGAAUUGACCUUACUAUAGUUAACUAAAAAUUGAGUAUCUAAUGUUUGGACAAAAAGAAUUUCAACUGUAGGAAAGGGAAGUCCUGCAACAGAUGCCGAAAUUUGUCUUGAAAUCAAGAAAAAUGUUAGUGUUUUGAGCAUCUAGGGAUAGAAUUUAUGCUUAUGGGAUUCCAAACUGAGAAAAAAGAUUUAAGGCCUUUUACUUGAACUGAAAUUAGAUGAAUAAAAAGAAUAUGAGGUGUUUGCUGGAAGAGGGAGGUUGUUUCAUAUUUUUUUUUAACAUAGUCUGAACUUGUUAGGAGUUGGCAACCAAGAUCUUAGAGAAUAAAAAGGAAAUGUUGGUUUUGACACUUGAGAUUAAGAAGGUUGUUUUGAUUAGCGGUAGUGAUAAAGUUCUGUUGAGAGGCAAUGUAUGGUACAGUUAAAUAAAAGGAUAAAAAUAAAACCCUCCCAUUUCAUGUCAUUAAAUUCCUAUAGUAACCUACCAGGGUAUGCUUUUAUAUUCUCUUUAUGAUGAAAGUGUAAAACACUUCAUAAUCCUUUUCAUAAAUCUCUUUUAUAAGUAACAAGAAGACUUUAUGGUAUUGGUAUCCUUAUCCUGAGUAAAACCUAUACAGCUUUGAUCUCUCCUCCAGUUUCCUCUGAUGAAAGGAGGAGGAAAAUCAUACACAUAUCAGAUUGAAGAUAAUACUGGGUGUCAUUUCAUGGCUGUCAAAAUUUCCUCAUACCACAUGGUGGGGCUCUUUUUCCACGUGGUCUUUGUUCUAAAUCUGGAGAGGAGACUGUGCCUUGUUCUUCCAAUAUGUGCCUUGCCUCUAAUGAGAAAAUGACAGACUUUUCUCAUUACUAGUUUAACGGCUCUUCUAUAGGAUCCCGUCUCUAAGGAACCCUCUUUGGUAGUAAACACUGGAAAACAGACCUAUCCAAGACUCCUAAACUGCCUCAUUCCCUAUAUACAUCAGUUCAACAUAUCUGUUGGAAUACCAAAUCCCAUUAUUUACAAGGCUUCUGACUGCAGUUUUCUAAAUAGACUCCAAGGGCCGCUGUUGGCCAAUGCGCUGCAAGAGCUAGCGUCCAGUAUCUACCCCAGUGAUUUCUUGUGUAGUCACAGAAGCAAGUCGGAAAGGAGAGUAGCCUGGACUCAGGCUCUCUACUUGGCAAAUCUGAUUCCAAAAUACAGAUUGGGAUGUGUUCAAACUGGGAGCAUUGAGUUUUCUAUGUAGUCGAUGUGGGUAUUUUAAACGAAAUUUAUAAAUCAUCUUUUCUUAACGUUGGAGCCUGCAGCAAUGCACAGAAGGAUGGGAAAUAAGGGGAAGCAGAGGAGCGGUACCCAGCGGUGGCAAGUAAUCUUCCCUUUCUUGAUGCCUUUGUUAUGCGGGGCGCUCUGCGAACAGAUCCGCUAUUCUAUUCCAGAAGAAAUGGACAGAGGCUUUGUGGUGUGGAAUCUCGCUGAGGACCUGGGGCUGCAUGUACGGGAUUUAUUGACUCGCAACCUCAGAGUUAGUGCAGAGAAACAGUACUUUACUGUAAACAUGGAGAAUGGGAAAGUACUUGUGAGUGACAGAAUAGAUUGGGAGUCACCCUGCCCCCCAAAACCCUCUUGUGUCGUGCCUUUAGAAAUUGUAGCAGAGAAUCCUCUAAAUGUUUCUCACGUAAACGUGAUGAUAGAAGAUAUAAAUGACAAUCCACCUCAUUUUCCCCAAAAUAGCAUUGUUUUACAAAUCAAUGAACUUGCAAUUCCAGGAACUCGGUUUGGCCUGGAAUCAACUAUAGAUGCAGAUAUAGGGCUUAACUCUCUGCAGAGUUACCAACUCAGCUAUAGUGAGCAUUUCUCUCUGAUGGUUGAGGGUAAGACUGAAGGCAAGAAUUCCCCAGAAUUAGUGUUGGAGAAGCCUUUGAACCAGGGACAACAGAGCUCUCACCUCCUGGUCCUGACAGCAGUGGACGGGGGUGAUCGUUUGAACUGGCAAACUCAAAUCAGGAUCAAGGUCACUGAUGCCAACGAUAACCCCCCAGUGUUCAGUCAGGAUGUGUACAAAGUUAGCCUGCGUGAGAACUCGCCCCCAGGCACCUUUGUGCUAAGGGUGAAGGCCACUGACCAGGAUGAAGGCAUCAGUGCAGAGAUCACCUACUCCUUCAGAACACUAUGAGAUAUUGCGAAUAUGUCUGUGCUAGAUCAUCAAAGAGGAGAAAUUAAAUCCAAAGACCCUAUAGACUUUGAAAGCAGUAGCAGUUAUACUAUAAGCAUAGAGGAGGACAGUGGAAGCAUAGCCACCAAGUGUAAAAUUAUACUGAACAUUUUAGAUGAGAACGACAGUGGCCCAGAGGUGGUUUUCACUUCGGUGUCUAGUUCCAUAACCAAGGUUGCAGAACCGGGAACAGUGAUUGCUUUGUCCGAAACACAUGAUAAAGAUUCGGGAGAAAACGGGGAGGUCACAUGUCUCAUAAAAGAGAGAGCUCCUUUUAGAAUUGAAUCUUCCACCAAUAAUUACUACAAGCUUGUGGCAGAUGGGGUCCUGGGGGAGCAGACCCCAGAAUACACAGUCACCAUCGCAGACACCGACAGGGGCAAGCAGCUACUCUCCUCCAGCGCAAGUGUCACUCUACACAUCAGCGACGUUAAUGACAGCACUCCAGUUUUCCACCAGGCCUCCUACGUGAUCCACGUGGCCGAGAACAACCUGCCUGGAGCCUCCAUCGCGCAAGUCAGCGCCUCCGACCCCGACCUGGGGCCCAACGGCCACGUCUCCUAUUCCAUCCUGGCCAGCGACCUGGAGCCGCGCGCGCUGUCGUCCUACGUGUCCGUGAGCGCACAGAUUGGUGUGGUGUUCGCGCAGCGCGCCUUCGACCACGAGCAGCUGCGCGCCUUCGAGCUGACGCUGCAGGCCCGCGACCACGGCUCACCCACGCUCAGCGCCAACGUGAGCCUGCGCGUGCUGGUGGGCGACCGCAACGACAACGCGCCCAGGGUGCUGUACCCGGCGCUGGGGCCCGAUGGCUCGGCGCUCUUCGACACGGCGCCGCGCGCCGCGCAGCCCGGCCACCUGGUCACCAAGGUGGUGGCGGUGGACGCCGACUCUGGACACAACGCCUGGCUGUCCUACCACGUGCUGCAGGCCAGCGAGCCCGGACUCUUCAGCGUGGGGCUGCACACGGGCGAGGUGCGCACUGCGCGGGCCCUGGGCGACAGGGACGCGGCCCGCCAGCGCCUGCUGGUUGCUGUGCGCGAUGGGGGACAGCCGCCCCUCUUGGCCACCGCCACGCUGCUCCUGGUUUUCGCGGACAGUCUGCAGGAGGCGCUGCCGGACCUCAGUGACCACUCUGAGCCCACUGACCCCCAGGCUGAGCUGCAGUUUUACCUGGUGGUGACCUUGGCCUUGAUCUUGGUGCUCUUCCUCCUCGUGGUGAUUCUGGCCAUUGCUCUGCGCCUGCGACGCACCUCUAGCCUGGCCACCUGGUGCUGCUUUCAGCCUGAUCUCUGUUCUAAGACUGGUCCAGUGGUUUCUCCGAACUACAACAAGGGAACCUUGCCUUAUUCCUACAAUCUGUUACGUUGUCGAUUCUCAGAAAACAAGGUUCAGUUUUCUCACCAUGACCCCAGAAAUGGUGCCUCCGCAAGAUCUUUCUAAUGAAGCUCUUUUAGUAGUGUCACUGAGGAGAAUAACAAGUUAAACUCUAGCUCUGUUGCUUCCAUUUACGUGUCAAUGAAUGCCUUUCAUCUGCAUAUGGGUUUGGUUUAUUUUUUAAACCAAUAUUUAGGAAAGAAAAUCUUAAACAGAUUAUAUCUACUAUCACUUCAGUUUUGUUUGCCCUCUCUCAGUCUUUUCUGUCCCUUUCUCAGUGGGUCAGUUACUCCAUUAUUAACCCUCAAGUAUUUUAAAUAUUUUGACAAUUUCAUGAGUUAUUCUUUAUCCACAAACAAAAUCUCUUACUGUGAGAAGUGGGUAUUAUGAUGCCGCUGCCAUUCAAAUAUUUUAAUGGAAGCAUAAUAUUUUUUUCCUGUGGGCCUUUCUCUUAUUCAGAACAUCAAUAUCUUGGCAUAUAAGGCUUUUCUUAAGGCUUUGCUUUACUCUAGGUACAAUUUGCUAGGGAUUCUCUGAGUGCCAUUGAAUAGAUCAGUUUUGUGCCCUACCUUUUCUCAGAGCUACCUGUAGAUUUCAUCCCAGUGUUAAAGAUAUUAUUUUAUGGUAUACCUGCCAAACAUGUUUAUCCUCAGAAUCUAAAUAUUUACACACAUGAAAGCACAAUAGUGAGGAUUUUUUCCUGUAUUCUGAUGGGCUUCCAGUGUAUUACCAGUGAUCUCAGUAACUGGAAUUAGGUUUGUUUCCCAGAAAAAGGUAAGCUUAUAAUAUUCUUUGGGUUCUAUUUUUCCUAAACAAUCUCUCUCUCUCUUUUUUUUUAAAUUGAAGUAUAGCUGAGUUACAAUGUUGUGUUAGUUUCUGGUGUAUAGCAAAGUCAUUCAUAUACCAUAUA